AUGUGGCACCUGCUAUUUCAACCCAAACAUUCGACAAAUGCGAAACGCUGUUGUUAUCAUGCGGUUAAAGGUCUAUUAUUACAGUUCUCGACGAUGGCUACUGCAAUUCCGAAAAUAUCGCGACUGUCAUCAAGAAUUCUUCGAAUACUAGGAUGUAACCCCGGACCUAUGACACUGCAAGGGACAAAUACGUAUUUAAUCGGAACCGGCAAAAGGCGCAUUUUGUUAGACACUGGAGAUCCUAAUAUUCCAGAGUAUAUUGAAAAUUUGAAGUCAGUAUUAAACAAUGAGAAUGCACAUCUUGAACACAUUAUAAUUACACAUUGGCAUCAUGACCACAUUGGUGGAGUUGGUGAUGUAAUUAAGAAUGUUAAAACUGACUGUAGAAUUUGGAAGCACAAAAGGUUGGAUGAACCUGAUGAUGCAUUACCUAAUGACAUACCAAUAAAUUUCCUUAAAAAUGGGGAUGAGAUAUCAACUGAAGGUGCUACACUAAGGAUUAUGCACACUCCAGGUCAUACUACAGAUCAUAUCACACUGGUACUGAAAGAAGAAAAUGCGUUAUUCAGUGGAGACUGUAUUCUGGGCGAAGGGACAGCAGUAUUCGAAGAUUUGUAUGAUUACAUGGCAUCCCUUCAUUUGAUACUAAAAGAGAAGCCCAGUCUGAUCUAUCCUGGACAUGGGCCAGUAGUGGAUGAUCCUCUCACAAAAAUUGAAUUCUACAUAAAUCACAGAACUAAGAGAGAAAAUGAGAUUCUGGAAGUCAUGAGGAAUAAUACCACAAAAAAGUUCAGUGAAAUGGAUUUGGUAAAAAUUAUAUAUGUGGAGACACCUGAACAUCUGUAUCCUGCAGCAGCUGUAAAUGUUGGUCACCACCUUCAGAAGUUGUUAAAAGAAGGGAAAGUUACAAAACAUGAAUCACUGUGGCAGUCUGCUGAAGUGAAAUCAUGCCUGUAAUUGCAAUGCUGGAAUUUUGCUUUCAGUACAAUAAUGGAAUAAUAAACAGAAAUGAGGGAAGAAAACUGUUGUUAACUUGUAAUGCUGUGUGUGUGUGUGUGUGUGUGUGUGUGUGUGUGUGUGUGUGUACAGAACCAAUUUGGAAGUCAUUUCAAAACAGUGUCUUGGGAUGAAGUAACUAAC